AUGUCAAGUUCGACCCUGGCUCCUUCAGCUACUCCUCAGCCAACGAGAACUUCCAGGCUUGAUCCGCCCAUUAAGUCCUCUAUGAGUGUUACCGGCCAAGACAAAAUUGGUGUGAAUACAACAGCGUUUGGUACUAUAAUUGGGACAGCAACGCAAACGGCGGCCACAAGUCGUGAUGAAGAAGUGUUACCAGGCACUUCAGCAUCCCCUCCGGCACAUCGUCCAUCCCAGGAAACACAACCAGAAGCUAUACCGCUUUCACAGCCUCUCUCGCAGGGCAAGAUUAUUGGUGCUUCUGUCGGGGGAAGUGCCGCGUGCAUAUUUGGAAUCGCAUUACUUAUACUACUCCUUUUACGACGCCGAAAACACAGAGGUACCAACCGUCAGGAAAACGAUAAUUUUGAAAUUGGUGGGACUAUGGCGGAGCCCUCACCACGGCUAUUACGCCGGAAUCUCUCUCAUAGCAAUCGAAUCCCUAGUACCCCCAUUGGCGCGUAUAAUCGGUCCACCUUCGAACCACUUACUGCCAUUCCUGGCCUUAGGCUCCAUUCCAGCUUUGGAAAAACAGCCCCCGGCGCUACCAAUUUAUCUCAAGCCCCUUAUGAGCAGGGGGAUAUAGACGAUAUCGAGCUGGGAAGUCCAUCUUCAAUGAGAACUUUAUCACGUCUCCUCCCCGAUAAACCCGACCUUGAAGAUUACGGACGGCAGCAUCCGAUAACUGAGAAAUUAACCUCUGCACGGCCAUCAAGUUCGAUAACAAUAUUUGAAGAAGAUAGCGAUGGUCGAAGACCGCAAUCACUUGAAGGGCACUCGACUAUAUUCAAAAUGCGAAAGGAUCGAGCUAACGAAGGACCCUUACUCCACGAAAACUCGCUAGAUGACCGAUACCUUACACCAUAUGUCCCCACGACGACCCACAAUACCCAAUCUAAGUACAACUUGCAAUCGGAUGCUGCACUACAAAAAAAUGACAUCAUGUUUACGGAUCCUUUUUCGGGGAAGGACCCAGUCCAGCCAUCUCAGCAGAAUUCUGUCAAUUCAUCCUCGCCCAUUUCUUUUCGCUAUUCGCCAAGUAUUUACUCUAGUUCACGUUCGCGAGAUGGAGAGGACACAGAAGCCGGAAAAUCUGGCCGGUGUCCCCGAAAAGCAAUUUUACGUCAUUCAGCUGCGUCUUCAACUACUAGUUUUGAGACAGUAGCCUCAGACGAUGAGGGGACAAAUGCGAAAACAAAACUGCCAGUGAAAAAGCUGAGUCCGGUCAAAGAAUCCACCUCUCACCAGCUUGCUUCAUCCCGUUACUUACAAGUUCCGCGCCCAAUAAAUUAUUCGCGCUCGUUACGCAGAACGGAGAACCUAAACCAUACCUUUGUUAAACACGACAACCCUAAUCAUCCACCCUGGCGACCUACUCAUCAUGAGCGGCAGGUUGGAAGAACAAAGAAUCUUCAUAGAUUUCCUGUAAAGCCAUCGCCUGUUGCAAAUCCUAGCCGUAUAUCAACAACGAGCGAAGCAAGUGCCGGACGCUUCCUGCAUCCAGACGACCCCCAUGCAGACCAUACUCCUAGAAGCCCCUGGGAGCGGAAUGUUGAUUUUCGCAGAAGAGGGCCAAAGUUGGUUUUGAGAACCAGCUGA